UGCUUGCAUCCCUUGUGAAAUAUUUUCUUCUUUUCGUCGAGUGGUCAAGGCCCCCACGGCAAACCCAUUAUGCACAACAUGUCGCGGUUUCAAUGCUUGUUUGAGUAUAAGGGCAGGAGCAUUUGUGAUAUCCACGUAUGGUUAGUCUCUGUUCACGUGCCUGCAAUACAAGAAUUAAAUUCUUUAGUGUAGGUGCAGUUUUUUUUUCUCAAGAAAACUAUUCAUCUAUACAGAAUGUAACCAAAAGGUAACACGUUUGUAAAGUUCUACAAUAUGAUUUGCAGGAGCGCCAGCGAUUGGAGAUGAAGGCGACUGUCGAUGUUGAAGAUAUGAAGAAGAUGACUGACGUUGUAGACUACGAUUUAGUGCAUUUACAAAAACUUGUUAUCAAUCGUACACAAGAAAAAGUAAAAGACCUGCUGAACCAAGAAGAAAUUAAUCUAUGACACAGAAGGGAGAAACUAAAGACACUGUUAGGAGAAGAAGAAGAGGCGUUGACACAGGAACUUGUUAGAAAGCAGUCGAUGGAAGAAUGUGGCUAUUGCAAGGAAAAGGAAACGAAGGCGAGAGGUUAUUUGGAGGAGAUUGAGAAGGAGAAGAUAAGAGAGUGCCAGAAGGCAUUGGAAAGAGAAAAAAUAGCAAAAGGCAUGCAAUCUACAAGAGAAGAUGAGAUACAACUGAGACAGCUUCAGAAGUUACAGAUGGAAGAAAAGAAGAAUAUAGAAAGAGAAGGACAGAACAUAGACAUGAUGUGGCAUCAAGUGUUGAUAGAAGAUUAUAAUAGGAAGGAAUAUCUGGAACACCUAGCAGCUCAAAAAAGGCAGCAGGAGACAUUAGAAAGACGAAGAUGUUAUGACGAACAAAUAGCAAGCGCUAACAAGAAGAGACAAGAAUUGAUAAGACAAGAGAGAGAGAAGGAGAACAGAAAGCUCGAGAAGAUGAAGAAGAAAAUGGAACAAGAUCAUUAUGAAGCUAUCAAGAAGAAAAAAGAGCAACAAAUGACGAACAGAAAGAACUUCAUAGAAGGGCAUGAAAUGAAGAUGACAAGACUGAAGAACGAGAAGAUGAAAGCGAGAGAGAUAGACAAUGGGACCAUCAGAGUGGCUCUCGAAGAGUUACGGAGGGAGAAGGAGAGGAGUCGACUGCAGAUGAAAUCCCUACAAAUAGAGAAACAAAUUGGUGUCGCGAACUUUAAUCGUGAAAGAAGAAUGGCUUCAGGCCUUGAAGAGGAAGCGGAGAGAGUUACAGAAGAGUGGAUGCAGCAAGAACAUAACAAGACUGACGAGCAUAUGAGACAGGUGGAACAGGAGCAACGGAUGAGGAAAGAGAAAGCCGCAGAAGAAUACAAGCGUCACAUACAAUCCCGAACAGAACAAUUAGAAAGAGACAAACAAGAAAGGAGCGAGAGAAUGCAGAGAGUAAAGAGGUCAGCUCACUGCGAGCUUCAGAAGAGGAUCGACGACGCCAACCAGGAGCUCAGGAAACAGAUCGAGUAUAGACAGAGCUUGAGCUGCCAGAUCAGGGAGAAUGAGAGGCAGUUGGAAUCAGAACUAAUAAACAAUGAAGCUAAGUAUCAAACGUUUACGAAGAAAGCAACAAUGUUUAAAGAUAUAAUGGCAUCUAAAUACUCAAGUUCUUCUGCACGGACUAGGUGAGCAAAACUUCAAACUUAAUCCACCUUAAUAAUAAUUAGCCACCUAAAUAUUAAAAAAAAACUCUAAUAAAAUCAGAUGAGUGACAUCUGACAAAAAUGCAAAAAAAAAUAUAUUUGUCAAACACAAACUAUCUUGUAUUUCCAAUGUCUCCCAUAAAUUAGGUACAAUAUCAAUAAUCAUCGUUAUUUUCCAGUACGAACCCAGUUCAUCCUUUCAGAAGAGCUACGGAAUCAAAAAGCAAGAAAGAGUCGUCAGUGCAC